AGCAAAAUAUCCAAGUUGCUCCUUAAUACGUAAACGAUAUUCCAGUAUCAUUAUUUACGUGAGAGAAAUGAAUCUCUCAAAGGUCUGCCAGCCUCCGUUAAGAGUUCUAAUAACGGGCGCCGCGGGUCAAGUAGCUUAUCACUUUGUGUUUAUGUUAGCUAAAGGAGAUGGCUUUGGUCGUCGAAUUCGUUUACUAUUAAUUCUAUAUGAUCUCCCCGAAACUACGGAUUUGUUAGAAGGCCUGUGCAUAGAACUGAUCGAUUGUUGCUAUCCAACAUUGCAAGACGUUGUAACGACUUCAAAUAUCGAAACCGCUUUUACUAAUGUUUCUGUAGCCUUUUUGAUCGGCGGCAAACCAUGUUCUGCGGAUAUGAAACUGAGCGAUCUCGUCGAAGUAAAUACUCCCAUAUUCAAAGUUCAGGGACUGGCUUUAGAUAAAUACGCGAAGAAAACUGCCAGAGUAAUAGUUGUUGCUAAUCCAGCGAACACGAAUCUUUUCAUUUGUUCAAAAUACGCUCCGUCGAUUCCUAAAGGAAAUUUUUCUGCGCUGACGCAGUUGGACUGUAGCAGACUAAGAGCUCAAAUUGCGCGAAAGUUACGAGUGACACCUAAUAAAGUUCGAAAAGUUUUAACCUGGGGAAGUCAAUCGCCGUCUUUGGUUUGCGAUGUGACCAAGGCGGUGGUUGUCAACGAAGGCAAGGACAUUUCUAUUGCUGAGGCUGUCGAUGAUGACGAUUGGUUAAAGUACGAUUUGACGAAUAUCGUUCGUAAUCGAGAAGAAGAAGUUAUGAAUUUGACAAAUAAAUCGCCAUCUAUUUCAGCGGCUAAGGCUUUGCUUGACCAUACUCGCAGUCUAUUUCAUACUGGGAACGAUUUCAACAACUUCACGUGCAUGGGCGUGUUCAGUGACGGUAGUUAUGGGAUACCGGAAGGAAUGGUUUUUUCUUUUCCUGUCCAUAUUUCGAGUUCCACAUGCUCGAUCGUGCAAGGAAUUGAAAUAGACGAAUAUUAUCAAAAUUUGAUUGAUAAGUCAAUAUGCGAAUCAGAACAAGAAAGAGACCGAGCUCUUCGUAUAUGUGUUCUCAACCAAAAUUCGUCGGAUAUAGAAAUUAAUAAAAAUGAAUAUCAAAAUCAAAAUGUUGAUGAAACCCAACAGCAGUAAAACGACCGAUAUCGAUAUGUAUUGUUCAGCUGAUUU